AACGAGCCCUUAGCAUUUCCUGUGCUAACAACAGUCGCCUCGGCUCUGACAGACAACCUCAACCCAUCUCAAACACGCGCACUGUGUCAGGAUCCCGCGACACAAUUGGACAAAAUGCCUCUCGGAAGCUGUACAGGGCGUUGAUGCAGGUCGCUGGUUAUGUCAGUCAACAGGUGCCUCAGAUUACCCAGCUAACUAACGUUACUGGUUGGAUACAUUAUCCUGGUUGGCUAGCUCAUAAGCUAAGUCGCUAGCUACGUAGCAUUAGCCAGCUUUCUAACGUUGGCUAACGUUAAAUAUCUACGCUUACUAACAGACUGUAUGUGGAGGACAGCUCGGCUGUCUGCUGUUCCGGACAACGACAGUGAAAAAGAACAAAGGGCAUGGUGCAGCCCCAGCCUGAUGGCCCAAUGCAGUGGGACAUGUCAGGAGAGGACAGUGGAGGGGCCCUCCGGGUCCCACCGGAGCUGGCCGCUAAUGAAGUAGUGACCAGGUUGCUGGGUGACAACCAGCAGCUUAGAGAGGCCUUGCGGCGGAGCAACCUAGCCCUACGUCAGCGCUGUGAGGAGAUGGAGGGAUGGCAGCGGAGGACGAGAGAGGAAAGAGAAUUUCUCAGCUGCCGUUUCCAGGAGGCCAGGGCCCUGGUGGAGAGGCUAGCCCAGGAGAACCACUCCUUACAGGGCUUGGUGAACGGACCGGCAUCCUCCUCCUCCUCUAACCACUGCUGCAGCUCCAGCCAGACUGAAGACCUGCAGGGACGCCCGGCGAGGAAUGGACCGCUGGACGGACCACAGACUCUAGAUCAGCGGGACAGGAAGAGAGCUGAAGAGACGGAUCAACACACACAGACCACUCCACCUCGCAGCCUGGGUGACGCAAGUGUGCAUAGCUCCUUGAGUAGCGCCCUCCCCUCUCCCCCCACCUCUCUUUCAGAGGUAUGGGGGGAGACAAUGGGCAGGGAGAAUGGCCAGCCUGUGGAAGGUUCAAACGAGGUCCUCCAGCUCCUGAAGAGCCACAAAGAGAAACUUGAGGAAGGACUGAGAGAUCUGAGGAGGAAGAACGAAGAGCUGGAGAGGGAGAGGGAUGAGGGAGAGAAAGAGAGAGAUCGGAUGCGGCGCUGCAUUGAACAGCUAAGGGCCAAACUGGCCCAGGCACAGGCAAGCAGUGUGACUGAGGAGGUUGUUCAACCGCGCUCUGAGGCACAGCACUCCUCUGACUGCUCUAGCCUGGCUAAACUCACAGAGCAGCUUCAGGCCACACAGGGCAGGUAUCGGGAGUUGGAGGAGAAGCUUGAUUACCUGCAGAAGAGUUCAGCUCAGCGGGACAGAACUGAAGCUCUCCUCAAACAGAAGGACAAGGACUGUGCCCAGUUGGCUAAGGACUGCGAGGCUCUAAAAGCUCAAGCAACGUCCCUAUUAGGGGAACUGAAUGAGAGACAGAGCUGCCUGGACAGAAGCGAGAAUGAACGCAAAAUGUUGGAAGAAAAGCUGUGCAGUAAAAUGAAAGUCCUGCAGGUAGCAGAGCGGGAGCUGGAGCAGCAGAGGAAGCAGCAUCAUGUGGCCAUGGACCAGCUGCUGCUGCAGACCCAGAGCCUGGAGCAGGCCCUGAAGACAGAGAGACAUGUCGUCACAGAGGAGAAGAAAAAACUGACACAACUGCAGCAUGCCUACACAUGUCUUUUUAGAGACUAUGAUACUAAGCUGAAGGCUGAGGGAGGAGAUCUGUGCAGCCGACUAGAGGAGGCAGAGCGAGCGCUGGCCCUGAAGCAGGACCUGAUUGAUAAACUGAAGGAGGAGGUGGAGCAACAGAAGGGCUCACUGGAGACUGUUCCUGUCCUCACUGCACAGGCUGAGAUCUACAAGGGAGAUUUCCUAGCAGAGCGAGAGGCCAGAGAGAAACUGAACCAGAAGAAGGAGGAGCUGCAGGAUCAGCUGACUCAGGCCCUGGCUGAGAUUGACAGGCUCAAACAGGAAGCCACAUCACGUGCACGUAUGGAGCAAAUGAAGCUGCGACACCUGGAGGACUUUCCAACACGGCCCCCACACAUUCCCCCUCCACAAGGUGUGUUCCCUGGUGCGGUUUUCAACACAGCGCCCCCUGCCCCCUCGUUCCGCAAUCAAGGUUUGGUACCAGUCGGCGAUCAAGGGGCAGCUGGAACUGAGGAGCUGCCAGAUUUAUGUUGUCCUAAGUGCCAGUACCAGGCUCCAGAUAUGGACACACUGCAGAUACAUGUCAUGGACUGUAUACAGUAACAUGAGCAUAGUUCAGCACACCAUGACACCAACACACACAGAUAUGUACACAGUAUACUUACAUUUUCUGACGAUUAGCGUAUCUGCUCUCAGCUCCGGGCACAGCCUGGAUGCUCUCUGCCAUGCGAACACGCAUAUACACACCUGAAUACAUAUUGUGGAUCUCACUAUUUAAAAAAAAAAAUCUAAUAUGUUGGAAUUAAGACAAGUGGCAAUCAGAUGGCAGAAUGAAGACAGCAGAAUAAUCAGUAUGGUAUUUUCCUAAACUGCUCCGUGGAUUCAAAUUCUGCUCUAGCUUUUCCAUUCCGCAAUUCAUCCUUUUUUCUUCUGACACCUGCCCUUUUAUUUUCCGCCUUCCCCCACCCCUCGCCUUGCCUCUGAGAUGGCACACUGAUGCAUCAGUAUUCGUAGAAGAUCCCUGAUCCCUUGCCUCAGUGUCAGUUCUUGUCCCUCUUCACUUCAGUGGUGUACUGAGGAGUAAGAGUGUACACUACACUGACUGCCUCAUCCAUGUUAUACACAUCAGUAAUCCUUGGGCACAAGGAAAAAGGUUACAAUUAGGAGGUUCCCAUCAAAGGAGAAAACACAUGACAAUGUGAAUAACCUAGUGAGCUUUAAAUAAUCUAGAGUAUUCAAAUAUGUUUGGUCAUACAUGUUGCUGUCUGCAUUACCUCAAAACAUGUAUUAUUAUGUAUUAGAGAUGGAUUUACUAUUAUUGAAAAAAGUAGCCAUUCUCUUUGUUCUGUGCCUGUGUACACCUUUGACUGCACCACUGCUUUAUAUCUGAUGCUAGACCUGACCCGUAAUCCAACAUAGCCCCUUUUUGUCCCCCUUAUUCUGUCUUAGCUUUAUCUGUGGCACCUAGCUAUUUAUCUAACUGAAGGUAAGCACACGGAGGGUGCUUCACAGUCUGUGUGAAUAUUGUCGGUAAUUUAGAUCAUUUGGUGCAAAGAAUAUUGUUUCAAACUGUUGAAGAUUUACAAAAUAAAUCAGUUAUUCAUUA